AUCAGACUUGUUCAUCUUGUCUGCGAAUUUCUAACUUCUACAUUGAAAAUGAGACUAAUAUAUAAUCAAGCGUUGGAGAAAUAGAAAGCGACGAAUCUAUGUGGAAUGUAUGUAGAAUAUACAGAACAGAUUUCGUCCUUCAGGCAACGCAUUAGCUCCAAUUUAUUUGAAAAAAAUGUCUGAUGAAAAAUCUACAGUGCAAGAAUUUAAGUUAGAUCCCGACUGUGAAUUAAGAUUUGAAGUGGAGAGUAAGAAUGAAAAAGUUACAUUGGAGUUAAAGAGUGGCCUGGCAGAAGUAUUUGGGACAGAAUUGGUAAAAGGUAAAAAGUACGAGUUUAUCGCUGGCGCAAAAGUCGCGGUUUACACUUGGCAAGGUUGUACCGUUGAAUUAGUUGGAAAAACUGAUGUUAGCUAUGUGGCGAAAGAAACACCUAUGGGUUUGUACCUGAAUUGCCAUGCAGCGAUGGAACGGAUGAGAGAGACUGCAGAGAAGGACGAUACUAGAGGUCCGAUAACGAUGGUCGUGGGCCCCUGUGAUGUGGGAAAGUCCACGCUUUGUAGAAUAUUGCUGAAUUAUGCUGUCAGGAUGGGCAGAAGGCCGAUUUUUGUCGAUCUCGAUGUCGGCCAGGGACAUAUAGCGAUCCCCGGUACUGUGGGCGCUCUGUUGGUGGAACGGCCGUCCAAUGUAGUGGAAGGAUUUAGUCAGCAAGCGCCACUGGUUUUUCAUUUCGGACACAAAACACCACAAGCCAAUGUGACGUUGUACAAUUUACUCGUCACACGCUUGGCAGAGGUAUGCUCGGACAGGCUACAAGCUAACAAAAAGGCCAAAGCUUCCGGAAUUGUCAUAAACACGUGCGGCUGGGUUAAAGGGGACGGCUACAAAUUGCUCACGCAUGCCGCGCAAGCAUUCGAGGUAGAUGCGAUACUCGUGCUAGAUCAGGAGAGACUCUACAAUGAAUUGGUAAGAGAUAUGCCGGACUUUGUGAAGGUAGUUUUUCUACCAAAGAGCGGCGGAGUUGUCGAGAGGAGUCAGGCGCAGAGGACUGAAGCGAGAGAUCAGGGUGUCAGAGAGUACUUCUAUGGCUCUCGAACACCCCUUUAUCCGCACAGUUUUGAGGUAAAAUGGAGCGAGGCGAGGCUGUAUAAGAUUGGGGCACCCGUUCUACCAGCUUCCUGUAUGCCAUUGGGCAUGAAGGCAGAAGAUAAUCUGACAAAAUUAGUGGCCGUUACGCCAGGACCCAGUUUGUUGCAUCACCUGUUGUCUGUCUCAUUUGCUGAUUCUCCAGAGGAUGAUGUCGUGCAGACUAACGUGGCCGGAUUUGUUUGCGUAACCAAUGUGGAUGUCGAGAGGCAGACAUUCACCGUACUCAGUCCACAACCUAGACCACUGCCGAAUACAGUUCUGUUAUUAUCAGAUAUGCAGUUUAUGGAUAGUCAUUAGCAGCUAUAGACAGUUUAUUAUUAAUUAGCAAAUGUAAAAAUGUACAAAAGUAUGAAUAGCGAUAUAAGAAAUACCUUUUACAAUAUAAUAUUUGUAUUAUACGUUUAAGACAUAAAUAUAAA